CGACCUGUCUAGCAGUUGGUCUGCAUCAGUCAUGCAGGACUGAUACUUAAGAAACACCUACGGAUGAACCUCUCUCUGACUUAUAUUACUGACGGAUGAUACGAGGAGAAAUGUCUAAUUCUUACUCAGUUGAAAACAACGGCUGGGAGAAGGAGGCCUCGUUCCAGGACUCGUUCACAGCUUCGUCGGAGAAGACGAGAGAGAUUGACAGUACAGGGUGCUUAGACCGGUCCCAACCUUCCUGCUGUUUGAGUGUGAGCAACGUGUCCUACAAAGUCAGUGAGCGAGUAGGUCCGUGGUGGGAUCUCCCUUCCUACAGGAAGAAAUGGACGAGGCAGAUCCUCAACAAUGUGUCCUUUCAUGUGGAGAGUGGUCAGCUCAUGGGUAUCUUAGGAAACUCAGGUUCGGGGAAGACAACACUGCUGGACACAGUAGCGGGCAGGAUCGGGCACUCUGGCUCUCUGCAGGGGGAGGUCCUCAUCAAUGGAAGGAAGCUCAAGACUGAACAGUUCCAAGACUGCUUCUCAUAUGUGCUACAGAGUGAUAACCUGCUGAGCUACCUGACUGUGGAGGAGACUCUCACAUUCACAGCCCAGUUGGCCCUGAAGAGGCACUCCACUCAAGCCAUCCGCAAGAAGGUGUCGGCGGUGAUGGCGGAGCUGAGUCUGGGCCAUGUGGCCCACAGUGUGAUCGGUGGGCGGAUCUUCCCCGGCAUCUCCAGUGGUGAGAGGAGACGGGUGUCCAUCGCCAGCCAGCUCCUCCAGGAUCCCAAGGUGAUACUGUUGGACGAGCCAACGACAGGUCUGGACAGCAUGACAGCCAAUCAGAUUGUGGUGUUGUUGGCGGAGCUGGCGAAGAGAGAUCGUGUCGUCAUAGUAACCAUUCACCAACCUCGCUCAGAACUCUUUAGGGUGAUGCCCAGAGUACUGGUGUUCUGUGGAGAGCCGGGGGAGAUGGUGGACUUCUUCAGUGGCCUCGGCUAUGAGUGCCCAGAGUACUGCAACCCGUUCGAUAUCUAUGUGGACCUGACUUCAGUGGACACCCGCUGCAGUGUGAGAGAGGCCGCCACCUCCAGCCGCAUGCAUGAGAUCACGUCAGCCUAUCAGAGCUCAGAGAUCUACCAGAGCAUGCUGGGAAAGAAGGAGCGGGCGUGCCAGAGGCAGGACAAACCCAGCAUCCCCUUCAAAAGCAAAGAGUCGCCCAGUGGGGUGUCCAAACUAGGAGUGCUGGUCAGGAGAACCAUGAGGAACCUGUCCCGGGACCGCAUGGGGGUUCUGAUGCGCCUCUCGCAGAACCUCAUCUACGGGCUCUUUGUGGCGUUCUUCGUUAUGCGACUGGACGAGGAUGUGACCAAGGGGGCUGUGCAAGACCGGAUCGGUAUCAUCUACCAGUCCAUGGGCGCAUCGCCCUACACGGGCAUGCUCAACGCUGUGGCACUGUUUCCUGCACUGAGGGCCAUAUCAGAUCAGGAGAGUAAGGACGGGCUCUACAGCAAGUGGCAGAUGUUUCUGGCCUACAUCGUCCACAUCCUCCCAUUCAGCAUCAUCAGCGUCUUCAUCUUCACCUCCUUCCUCUACUGGACGGUGGGUAUGAACCCUGAGCCCAAUCGGUUCCUGUGCUUCUCGGCGGUCAUCAUGGUUCCCCACCUGAUCGGAGAGUUCCUGACCCUGGCGCUGCUUGGCGUUGUGCAGGACCCCACCAUGGUCAACAGCGGCAUGGCGCUGCUCAACAUCGCCGGCAUCCUGGUUGGCUCCGGCUUCCUUAGGAGCACCCAGCAUAUGCCAUUGGUGUUUCAGUGGCUGAGCUAUCUGACUUUUCAGAAGUACGGCUGUGAGCUGCUCAUUGUCACUGAAUUCCACAAUCUCAACUUCACCUGCAGUGACACCUCUCUACGUCCCGGGGCCUGUGUGAUAAACCACGGCGACCAGGUGAUUGACCAGGGCUACCCUGGUGCCUUGUCCCGCUACACCCUGGACUUCCUGCUUCUCUACGCCUUCCUGCCCGCGCUCGUCCUCCUGGGUAUCAUCACGUUCAAGAUCCGGGACCGCAUCGUCCGCCGCUGAGACGUCAACGACGACGGCUCACGGUGAUAAUAAACACUCAUCUGCCUAAUAAGGCAGAAAUGCUCGUCCAGGCGAUCAACUUCUCAUAUCUAAUCGCCUGGUAGAUAUUGGCCUGAAAGGAGGCAUACUGUAUGUCAUUAUUGGACCCCUUUUUUACAAAAUAUUCUGCCCACGGAGGACAAAAAAAGACUCUGUCAUAGUAUUGCACUCUCAGCUUUUGCAUUGUGUAUGUGUUUCUGCUUAUGCCACAGAGCUGUUGUUUCUCUCUGUAUAUAAAGUCGUUUUUUUCAUUGAAAUAUUCUUGAGUUGAGUUGAGAUACUUUGUAAUACAUGUGACCAUGGUAAACAUUUGACAAAGCAUAGUGUGCAUAAAUGUAAUUUAUUGUAUAUACAGUAUACAAAUAUGAAGGAAAAAUAGAGCUUAAAUAGUACAAAAAUAUUAAUAAAUCAUGUCAAAGCA